CCGGAAGCAGCUGCUGCAGCCGGUCUGUGCUUUCUUGACGGACGGUGAACACGUCUCCUCUAAUUUUCACAUUUAAUCACCAAAACGUCGUACGCAAUGAGAGGGGACCGCGGCAGGGGUCGGGGAGGCCGCUUCGGGUCCCGUGGAGGACUGGUCCAGGGGUACCGUCCAUUUGUACCACACAUCCCAUUUGAUUUUUAUGUGUGUGAGAUGGCUUUCCCCAGAGUGAAGCCUGCACCUGAUGAGACGGCCUUUAAUGAGUGUCUGCUGAAGAGAAACCAGGACCUGAGCCCCACACCAGCAGAGCAGUCCUCCAUCUUGUCCCUGGUUACAAAAAUCAACAAUGUCAUUGACAACCUGAUUGUUGCUCCCGGCAACUUUGAAGUGCAAAUUGAGGAGGUGCGUCAGGUGGGCUCUUACAAGAAGGGCACCAUGACAACGGGACACAAUGUCGCUGACCUGGUUGUAAUCCUCAAGAUCCUCCCAACAUUGGAGGCAGUGGCUGCUCUUGGCAACAAGGUAGUGGAGACUCUUCGCACACAGGACCCCACUGAAGUGCUCUCUAUGCUGACCAAUGAGACGGGCUUUGAGAUCAGUUCAGCCGACGCUACCGUCAAGAUCCUCAUCACCACCGUCCCCCCUAACCUGCGCAAGCUGGACCCUGAGCUGCACUUGGACAUCAAGGUUCUGCAGAGCGCUCUCGCCGCCAUCAGACACGCCCGCUGGUUUGAGGAGAAUGCCUCUCAGUCCACGGUCAAAGUGCUGAUCCGCCUGCUGAAGGACCUGAGACUGCGCUUCCCUGGGUUUGAACCUCUCACACCCUGGAUCCUGGACCUGCUGGGCCACUCUGCAGUGAUGAACAACCCAUCCAGGCAGCCUCUGUCUCUGAACGUGGCCUACAGGCGCUGCCUGCAGAUGUUGGCUGCUGGUCUCUUCCUGCCUGGCUCUGUGGGCAUCACCGACCCCUGUGAGAGCGGAAACUUCAGAGUCCACACAGUCAUGACUCUGGAACAGCAGGACAUGGUGUGUUUCACAGCUCAGACCCUGGUGAGGGUUCUGUCUCACGGAGGUUACAGGAAGAUCCUCGGCCUGGAGGGAGACGCCAGCUAUCUGGCCACAGAGAUGUCUACAUGGGACGGUGUGAUCGUCACUCCGUCAGAGAAAGCUUACGAGAAACCUCCAGAGAGGAAGGAGGAGGAAGAUGAAGCUCUGGAGGAGGGAGGAGACGGGGAGGACGAGAGCAUGGAGACGCAGGAGUGAUGACGAGUACAGAUGAGUAAACUUCAGUAAGCUUAUUGGAGUCCCUUCAGCUCAGCUCAUCGUGUCACAUGGACUGGUCUCAUCAUGUGUUGAAAAGAAGGACAGACUCCAUUCAUUGUUUCAAUUUUUAUGAUGUUUUUACUUUUAGUUUUUACCUCUCCUUUGUAAACAGUCAGAGUGACUGAAUAAAUGUGUUUGUUUUUUAUUAUUUA